AUGUACAGGAGGUUAGAGGAGUUCAGCAGAAUCCUGAACUUGUCAAUGUUCAGCAAACCGGUUUUUAACAAAAUGCAAAAAAACCAGUUGUUGCCUGUGAUACAAGAUACCUGGAAGUCAUCCCGAGAUGCAGCAAUUGCAGAAGUAAAGAAAAAUGCAGUGAUUGUCGUAGGUGGUGAUGGUCGAAGUGAUAGUCCAGGAUACACAGCCAAGUAUGGGUCAUACACGCUGAUGCACAGUGAUGGUGUCAACAUUCACGCAACAGGAAAGAUAGUUGCCAUGAAUUUAGUUCAGGUUUCUGAAGUAAAAAAUUCAAAUCACAUGGAGCCAGAGGGUUUGAAAAGAUGUCUCCAAGACAUGAAGGAGAAGGACUUGAAAAUGGAUCAUUUGGCGACUGACCGGCAUAUAAUGGUAUCAAGUAUCAUGAGAAAAGAACAUCCUGGAAUUGACCAUCAAUUUGACAUAUGGCAUGUGGCCAAAGGGGUUGUGAAAAGUUUAAGCAAUAAGGCAAAGACAAAAAUGUGCAGUGAUCUCUCACCAUGGGUACAGAGCAUCUCAAAUCAUCUUUGGUUUUCAUGUCACACAUGUAAUGGUGAUGAAAAGGUGUUGCGUGAAAGAUGGCUGUCAAUUUUGCACCAUAUAACUGACAAACAUGAAUGGUCUGGUAAUGAGAAGGUUCAUAAAUGUGCACAUCCACCACUUUCUACAGAAGACAGGAAAUCAAUCAAAUGGCUCAAGAAGCCAUCACCUGCUUUUUCUGCAUUGCAAGCAAUGGUCACAGAUGCAGGACUUCUAAAAGCCAUGAAAAACAUGACACACUUUUGUCACACAGGAGACCUGGAAGUUUUCCACAGUAUGCUUCUCAAAUACUGCCCAAAACGACAUCAUUUCCACUAUGAUGCGAUGUAUGGAAGACUGAUGCUAGCAGCCAUCGAUUGGAACUCCUCAGAAAGAAUUCCAAGACUUGACAAAGAUGGAAAUUCAACAGUGUCUGUUGUUUACUCCAGAAGAAGAAAGGAUUUUGUCCUGAAGGGUAAUUAUGUCAGGAAGAAGCAGGGGCGUCGUAAGGAUUUUGUGCUAGGUCUCUCAUGGCAGCAUAAACAUUCCUCUGGUCGCUGCAAAGUCACGGUGGAACACAAGCCACACUCACACCAGUCCGUGCUCGUCAGCCGGAAAGAAAUGUCUUCAUCUAUCUUCUGA